AUGGAGCCGCCGCCGGUGUUUCGCUCGCCGGCCAGCAAGGUGGCCUACUACUACGACAAUGAUGUCGGCAAUUACUCGUACGGCUUUGGUCACCCGAUGAAGCCGCACCGCAUGCGCAUGGCGCACAACCUGAUUGUGAACUAUGGGCUGGACAAGAAGAUGCAGAUCCUGCGCCCUCCCCGUGCGACGCGCGAGCAAAUGACCAAGUUCCAUACCGACGAGUACAUUGACUUUCUGAGCCGCGUCAGCCCCGAGACGGUCCAGGAGCUGACGGGCGACGGCACGCGUUUCCUCAUCGGCGAGGACUGCCCCGCGUUUGACGGGCUGUACGAGUUCUGCACGAUCUCAUGCGGCGGCUCGAUCUCGGCGGCGAAUCGUCUGAAUACGGGCCUCGCCGAUGUCGCGAUCAACUGGUCCGGCGGCCUGCACCACGCCAAGAAGCGCGAGGCAAGUGGGUUUUGCUACACGAACGACAUUGUGCUCGCGAUCCUCGAGCUGCUGCGCACGCACCUCCGUGUGCUCUAUAUUGAUAUUGAUGUGCACCACGGCGACGGCGUCGAGGAGGCGUUCUACUCGACCGAUCGCGUCAUGACCGCGUCCUUCCACAAGUUUGGCGACUUUUUCCCCGGCACGGGCGACGUGCGCGACAUCGGCAUCAAGCGGGGCAAGGCAUACGCGGUCAAUGUGCCACUGCGCGACGGGAUCGACGCAACGACCUUUGGCGCCAUCUUCCGCCCGGUGAUCCAGCACAUUAUGGACUGGUACCGCCCCGGGGCCGUCGUGCUGCAGUGCGGCGCCGACUCGCUCGCGGGCGACAAGCUCGGCUGCUUCAAUUUGAGUAUGCGCGGCCACGCGGACUGCGUCGAGUUUGUGCGCUCGUUCAACGUGCCGCUCAUCUGCCUCGGCGGCGGAGGCUACACGGUGCGCAACGUCGCACGGACAUGGACCUACGAGACGGGCCUGCUCCUCGGCGAGGAGCUUGCGGCGGACCUGCCUUUUAACGAGUACAUCCAGUACUUUGGGCCCGAGUACAAGCUCGACGUGCCCAUGACCGGCAUGGACAACCUCAACACGCCCGCGUACCUCGAUGGUCUGCGGACGCGUAUCAUUGAUAACCUGCGGUCGAUGCCCUUUGCGCCGAGUGUGCAGAUGCAGGCGACGCCGCGUACUUCGUUCAACCCUGCCCUGGACGACGACGAGCCGGACGACGACCUCGACCCCGACGAGCGCAUCACGCAGCGGAUGCGCGACUUGCAUACCCAGCCGUUCAGCGACGAGCUGAGCGACGACGGCAACGAGGAUGACCAGGCGCUCGCGUUUGAGGCGGACAUGGCCGCGAUGCGUGCGCCGCCGCCGAACUAUGCACGUACCCACGACUGGAUCCACUCGGUGCACGCGCCGCCGGUCGUGCCGUACGGCGCGCCGCCGGUGCUCCCUUUUCCGCCUGCGUAG